AUGAGGCUACUUUUCUUCUUCAUCUUAGUUCUUGAACUUUCCUCUAAAUAUGAAUCGAAAAUCUUACCGGCAGAGCCGUACAAGCUAUCUUCGCAAAGAAACAUGUUUUCCCCAUCCAAAUUCUUUGUUCUUGGCCUUUUCAGACCGGGAGCAGAUGAGCGAUGGUAUCUCGGCAUAUGGCACCACAGGUUUCCAGAACAAGUGGUAUGGGUUGCCAACAGAGACACCCCACUCUCGGAGCCCAUCGGAACCCUGGAGAUCAUGGAUGCAAACAUUGUCCUCCUUGAUGAACACGGUACACGUGUCUGGUGGACCAAUGGGACUAGCACAACUCCCAUGGGAUCGCCGCUGAUUGGAGAGCUUCUUGACAGCGGUAACUUAGUCUUGAGACACUCCAAAUCAGGUGGGUUUUUGUGGCAGAGCUUUGAUUUUCCAACGGAUGCUCUAGUCUCGGAGAUGAAGCUGGGCUGGGAUGCCAAAUCUAAUCUAAACAGAGUAUUGAAGUCUUGGAGAAGCUUUGACGAUCCAUCGUCGGGGGAGUUCACCUUUGGGGUGGAACGUCAUGGGCUCGUGCAGAGUUUUAUUCGCCAGAAAGGUGUGCCAACCUUUAGAGACGGCCCAUGGAAUACCAUAACUGACGGGAAGAUAGGUGAAAAUCUAACCUACGCGACCUACAGCAUACUGGUCACUGAAGAUGAGGCAUCAUACUUCUUCCGUCUCACGAAUGACUCCUUCUUCUCCAUACUGAGACUUGAUUACGGGGGCAGGUUAAAGCAGUCAACGUGGAUUCCAAAAGCGUUGAAACCGAAAGAGCAUACUAUUCCAGAAGACAUGUGCGGUUGGUACAACAAGUGUGGGGCAAAUGCUCUCUGUGGCAGAGACGCAUCCCGGGAAAACUGCGAUUGCCUACCCGGGUUUAAGCCGAGACCACGAAGCAUGGGGUUCGCUAGACUGGGCUGGUGGGUGUGA